AAAUUCAGACACUCCUCUCCAAAUCCAAUAUCCACACUAAACUAUCCCAAGUCCCAACUCGGUUGUUGUCAACAACCCAUUACAGUUUAACUAGUUCAAGUACUCGCAGCUUCAUUUUCUGGUUCUCAUGGCUCUCCAGGCAGCUUCUCUUCUUCCGUCUGCUCUCUCCGUCCACAAAGAGGGAAAGCCUAAUGCAUCUCUCAAGGAUGCAGGGUUCUUUGGAGUUUCCCUCUCAGAACACCAAAAAUCUGACCUUAACCUCACAGCAAGAACGAAGAGGGAAUUCAGCCAAGGGAAGCUGUCGGUUGGACCCAUCAGAGCUCAGACAGCAAUUGCAACUCCUUCAGUCAUCCGAGCUGCGCCAGAAGGGAAGAAGACGCUGAGAAAGGGUAGCGUGAUAGUCACUGGAGCGUCAUCAGGUCUUGGCCUGGCCACCGCCAAGGCUCUGGCCGAAACAGGGAAGUGGCACAUAAUAAUGGCCUGCAGGGAUUUUCUCAAGGCAGAAAGAGCUGCUAAGUCAGCUGGGAUUGAGAAGGAGAACUACACUGUGAUGCACCUUGAUCUUGCAUCCUUUGACAGUGUCCGCCAGUUUGUAGAUAACUUCAGGCGAUCCGGCAGGCCACUUGACGUGCUGGUCUGCAAUGCUGCCGUCUACCUACCCACUGCCAGGGAGCCUACUUUCACUGCCGACGGCUUCGAACUCAGUGUUGGGACUAAUCACCUUGGUCAUUUCCUCCUCUCGCGUCUGCUGCUCGAUGACCUUAAGAAAUCAGACUACCCAUCUAAGCGUCUCAUCAUCGUCGGAUCAAUUACAGGGAACACAAACACUUUGGCUGGGAAUGUACCUCCAAAGGCGAACCUCGGAGAUCUUCGGGGACUUGCUGGAGGUCUGAACGGGCUGAACCGCUCGACCAUGAUCGAUGGAGGAAACUUUGAUGGGGCCAAGGCCUACAAGGACAGCAAGGUCUGCAACAUGCUCACCAUGCAGGAGUUCCACAGGCGUUACCAUGAGGAAACUGGGAUUACAUUUGCUUCCCUUUACCCUGGUUGCAUUGCAACAACAGGUCUGUUUAGGGAGCAUAUCCCCUUGUUUAGGCUACUCUUCCCUCCCUUCCAGAAAUACAUCACAAAGGGCUUUGUCUCUGAAGAAGAAUCCGGCAAAAGGCUUGCACAGGUGGUGAGUGAUCCAAGCCUGACCAAGUCAGGUGUGUACUGGAGCUGGAACAAGGACUCGGCCUCCUUCGAGAACCAGCUGUCACAGGAAGCUAGCGAUGCAGACAAGGCACGGAAGGUGUGGGAGAUCAGUGAGAAGCUUGUUGGGUUGGCUUAAAUGAUCGGCACCCAAAGAGAAGGUUCUUCCUGCUGAGUGCUGACACGCCUUUAAUUACCAUGGGGGGAAGAUGAAGAAACAACUGAACUUGAACUGGGUACAAAUGAGUGUUCACCUCACCUGUAUGGCUUGUUGUUUACAAUUAAUAUGGAAAAUUUUGAGUUAGAUGAGAGAAUAAAGACACUUAAGAGUUAUCCAC